CCCGAAACCUGGAUCCUCAAUGUUCGACCCUCUGUUGUUCCUCCCGUCCCUGGCGUCCUCCGCAGAUGCUCAGGUCCGCGCCGGCCUCGCGCGUCCAGUCAGCCGUUUGGCCACAACGCGCGUCCCUCCUUCUUGCCCCUCCUUCCUCCACUUCCGCGGCCGAGGAUGCCCGCCAUGUGCGCGGAGCGCGCGGCGGACUGCUCGUGGCACGUCGCCUACGACGGCAGCAAGGGCGGGGGCGAGGAGUCGCCGGACAAGCCGUGGUUGGGCGCCUGGGAGCCGCACGCGGACGAGACCUACUCAGGGGGCUUGCACGGCGGGGGGUGGCAGGACGACGCCAGCUGGAAGUACUGGAUGGCCGAGGCGCAGGCGCUGAAGGAGGUGAGCAGCAUGCUGCCGAAGCCGAUGCUCGACAAUCUGAGGGCCCGGGCCUCCGAGUCCUACUUCGACUUCUGGUCGACCCACAGCUUCCCGUUGCCGCCCACGCGGUUGUCCUUGUUGACCCGCGGUGCUGCCGCCGCCCCCCGCUUCGUCAGCAGCAGCGCGCCCGGGCUCGGCCCCGCGGCGACGGACGCCCAGCAGCGGAAGGUCUUCGUCGGCGGCGUCCCGCAGGACUACGACGACUUGGAUCUGAUGGAGAGAUUUACGGAGUGGGGCGCUGUGCAGACGGCGUGGUUGCAGAGGUUCCGCAAGAACGCUGCGACCAAGAACGGGACCAAGCACAGCCACCGAGGCUUCGGGUUCGUGGUGUUCGUGAGUCCGGAUUCGAUCUACAGCUUGCUCGGCUUCUCGUCCAACAGGA